GUCACAAACGCGCGGCAACCCGAAAUAUCACCACGCGACCGGCGACCGAUCCCGUAUCUCCAUUUUACGAUUUUGGAUUCCCCCUUAAAAGUGCUCGGAUUACGGCCACCUCAUUCAAAGUCUGUGAGUCUUGAUUCCGGUCGAGUCUGUGAAAGGGUGAGGAAAUUACAGUCGAGAUGCUGCGAGGAGUUUUCUCAUUGGUGCUGCUGGUGGCUUGCUUCCCAGAGGACUCGACAGCAGGCAGUGAUUAUGGCAGCUCUGUCCCUGGAUUCAACUUCGCGCGGACUUACUUCCCCAGGGUAGCUCUGAGCGCUAACAGCGGACAGUUUCAGAGCUACCAAGGUCUGCGGAACAUUACUGCUUGGCGGCCGAAAUUUGGCAAAGAGUCCGUUUCGAUUUCUCAGACGACGACCCUUCCGAGCACGUAUGUGGUGUACCAGGACGCGUUGGGAAGCGCGGGCCUCCUGCGGAAGAAUGGGCCGGUCACGGCCGGACUCACCUCUAGCACCUACAAGCUCAUCCUCACCGCCAACGGCAAUUCCAGCAACAACAGCUCCGGCAACAGCACCUCCUGCCAGCUCGAUCUCCAGAUUGAUGUGCUAUGCGUGGAUGUGGAUCUGAAUCUACGUGGUUUAGGUCUGGUGGGUGGCCUGAUUCGGCUGGCCUUUGGGGCUUAUAACCAGAUCAGGCAAACGAUCUCCGCAUCUCUCCAAGACGCGCUGUCCACAAUCGUCACCGAGCAGGUCACCAACGACCUGGCCAACCGCCUCGACCUGGACGCCCUUUGUCAGACCCUCGCUGCGAGCAACUCUACUUCCUAUCCGCAACCACUAGUAUAGCCGCCGGACUUGCCGCUCACUUUAAUAAAGUGGCCAUUUUUCAAAGUUGUCAGUGCUGGACUUCGCCCAUUUAAAUUAAUCAAAGUAAGACAUUUAUAGACACUGUAUUUUGAAAAUCCCUCACUAACAAUCAACAAGGUUGCCGCAGAAUUUAGAAAGUGAAUUUCCCAGACAUUUCCCUGAUUUCCCUGACACAUUCUGGCGAAAUUCCCUGACAAUUGAAGAUGUGACGGAUGGUUAAGAAAACAUAAUUGAAAAUAGUUUUCAGGAAAAAGGUGUUGUUCGAAACCUCAAACCCAUUCUAGAAAGCAAAUCAAGGUGAUUUAACACAUUUUCCCUGACAUUUUCGUCAUUUUCUCUGACAUUUCCCGGUUUUCCCUGACUUCUUAAAAUUCCCCGACAUUUCCCGGUUUUCCCUAACUGUGGCAGCCCUGAAUACAACCGGGUGAGGCUUAAAACCUCUAUGGCAUGAAUCAAUUUUGGAUCUCAGAUUCUGGGGGACGAUCAUCUAUUUUGUAGCUACUUGCAUACAAAUCAGAGUACUCAUUGUUUUUCAAAAUUUUGAAUUUUUGGGAAUCAGAUUUCAAAAAAAGAAAAACUAAUGAAAUUUGCGAAAUUAUGCCACAGAGGAAAUAUUUAAUUUUCAAAAAUCCGAAAUAUACGUUGUUGCGAAUUUGUUUCGAUAUGCCAUAGAGGGUUGAGUGGAUUGUACUUCUAAGAAAGGAACCGGGAGCAUUCCAACGUCGCUGAGAUUGCGCAACUGUGCUCACCUUGCAAAUAUAAACUAGUCAUCCAAACAAAGUUUCACCUUCACUUCCAAAAAAAUAUUAAGUCAAUACGAUAAUUUCCUUCGUAAAUUUAAUUUUUCAACGAUUUCAGUAAUUUUAUUGCAAAGAGUGUAAGUUGCAUAAUUCUAGCAACAUUGGAAUGCUCUUGGUUCUCUUUUGCGAAGUGCAAGCCAAGUUAAGUUCAGCAGCCAAGGCUGGUGUUCGCCAUUAGUGAUGAUUGGUGAGCAACUUGAUGAGCAACUUGUUGAGCAUAAAAUUCGCCAAAUAAUAACUGAUGAAUGUCGAGGUGAGCUUUUUGCAGGGCGAGUUUUUGCAAAUUAAGUAAGAUUUCUUAAACUAAUUUUUCAACUAUUUAGUCAGGAAUCAUCAAUUCACCGUGAGGCGCAUUAGAGCGUUGAAUUCCAAAAUUAACUGUUGGCAUUGAAAGAAAGAUAGCAAAGUGGAGUCUCAUAAAAUAUAGUGUCUCUGAGGACGAUACAUUUUUGAAGAUGGAGGGAAAUAGUGAAAAAACAGUGUUGCCAACCUGCAAAAACCAACCAAUGGCGUGGCAAGCAAGAUCGAAUAGUAUCGAUAUUUCCCCAUUUGAAGUUAAGGUAAAGAAUCAAUUAUUAAGGUGUUCGUUGCGAACACCCUCUGUAUCGAUAUUUCUCUAUGGGUUUAAAUGGAAGAUCAAUCGAUAUAUCGCAAAACAUGUCACGCCACUAGAACCAACUCUACUAAAAUGUACCACGGUGAGUGAAACGUAGGUAUGUUCCUCCAAAACUGACUGGAUGGAUUUAAACAAGAUCACCCUAACUGCAUCAAACGCUGCCUGGUAUUUUCUUUGAUUUUAUCUUUUGAACGGAGCCUUAGCAAAGUUCUGCCUUGAAACUUUGAGAUAGAAAUUCUUUGCAAUCUAGGUGAAAUUCGCGAUAAAUAUCAAAGAAUUUUGCUUUAAGGCUAAGGUAGAAAAAAAAAAGUAUAUGAAGAGAAAUGCGGCAACAUAAAAUGCUGUUAGACUAAUUAUGGGUAAAGUGGUUCGAUGCAUAUUAUACUUGCGUUUCAAUUACUUCGAUCGAUACCUGUCUACCACCGAAUAGCUCUGGGAAGGGCUGGUUUUUAGGGCUCAAGUUCCUGUAUUUUAAAUGUUAUCAGGACGUUUUAUGUAUAAACAUUUGACCUAGAGCACGUUUGGCCGACAACGUACGCCCUACAUACCUCUGACCUACACGACUUCUGCCAAAAAGUGUAGGUCAAAUGGUCUUAUAGGUAAAACGUCGUGCAACCCCUUGAAUAGUUAUGUAAGGUCUUAGUGCUAUGAUUUUAAGUUUACCAAAUUGUAUAAAUCUGUUAUAGGCAUGUUUUGAUUAAAUGUUUGAUUUCAUUGUUUUUUUUAA